UCCUAGCUAGUGAGGACAAGGGGAGAGUUUCUGCCAUUACCAGAAACCCUAGCUUACCUUCGGUGGUUGCAACAUUCGAUCAGCUAGCUGUGAUUAUGGCUUCUAACUACGGCUUCAUGACCCUUGCAGUCCUCGCUCUUGCCCUUGCCGUUUGCGUGCAAGCCACUCUUGGGGAAGUGACAUGUGAGAAUCUAGACGAAAGCACUUGUGCAUUUGCGGUGUCGUCAUCGUCCAAACGUUGUGUGCUUGAGAAGCACGUAAAGAGGAGCGGAGAGGAAGCAUACACAUGCCGCACUUCAGAAAUUGAAGCGGACAAAUUUAAGGACUGGAUCGAGAGCGAGCAGUGCAUUAAAUCUUGCGGCCUAGACCGCAAGUCCUACGGAAUUUCAUCCGACUCUCUCCUCGAGUCUCGCUUCACACAGAAGCUUUGCUCUCCUCAGUGCUACGGCAGUUGCCCCAACAUUGUCGACCUCUACUUCAACCUCGCAGCUGGUGAAGGGGUGUUUCUUCCAAAAAUAUGUGAAGCACAGGGAGCAAAUGCUCGAAGGGAAAUGUCCGAGAUCCGAAGUUCUGGAUUUGUUGCCCCAGGACCAGUGAAAUCGGCUAACUUGGUGGCAGAGGCACCAGUAAGCUACAUGAACUUGGAAGCGGAGCAGUAUGUUGCUCCAGCACAAACACCCGGUUACUAAACUUGGUCACAGAAGUACCCCAUAUCGAUCUUCUACAUCAUUUAGGGCCUGUGUGUUAUUCUAGUCAUUAUGAUAUAUGUGUGUCAAAUUAGAAUUAGUAUAUUGUUCUAUACUCCAUAGAGUAGUUAUGUUUUCUAUGUGAGAAACGGGUGUGUUGUGGCAAUAGUCAUCUAGCUUUGUAUGCUUAAAUGCACCCAGAAUAAAGCCAUGAUAAAGUCUGGUCUAUGUUAUAUACAUUUUGGU